AUGCUGUUCUCUUGUGGCAUAUGGCCACGCCGCAAGUCUCGCCAGGCUCGCCAGGCUCGCCCACGCGAUAAGCGCACUCGUAUGCGAACCAUGUCGAUUUUUGGUAACACACAUGGCCAUGCAACCGGUGCAUUGCACAAAAUGGUCAAGUUUACAGCAUUCGCCUCCCCUGGAGCUCCACCAUUGCAGGGGCAGUUCCCAGCCGAUAGUCGCACGGGAACUGUCCAUCUACCAGCCGAUAUCACCAGCGUCCUCAAUGACCUUUACGAUGAGCUGCGAGGAGAUGAUAAAGUCUUGUCCAAGACCAACUUCGAACGAUUCUUGCGACAAACACAGGGCGAGACAACUGUCUGCUUGCAGGACAAAAAUUACACAGUUGGCGACUUCCAAGCCACGUGGUAUUUCAACUACUCCUGGGAUGCUGUUGCGCCCUUGCCCGACAAGGACGUCACGCGACCAUUGACAGACUACUUUAUAAGUAGCAGCCACAAUACUUACCUUGAAGGACACCAAGUCCUGUCCAAGAGCUCACCUCAAGCAUACAAGAAUGUGAGCUACACAUCUAUUCGAGUAGAAAGCUUGACUGACCACCUAGCCCAAAAGGUCCUGUUAAAGGGAGGCCGCUGCAUAGAGAUUGAUGUCUGGAAUGGCGAACCGGCAACUCCAAGGUCAAGCUCAAAGUCUCCAGCCAUCCAUCAUGACCGGCAAGUGUCGAACUCUUCAUUGACACAUGCCUAUGAUGAAUUUCGCGAAAACACAAAGAAAUAUCUUGGCAGUGCUUCGCACUCUAGAAGUGUAAGCUGCAACAGUGCGACUCUAGUUGAAGAUUCACCAAAGUCGAGCGUCCACGCAUUUCCCUCCACUGCAGACAAAAGUGACCGACUGCAUAUGCCGCAACACCCUGCUACUAGAGGACGCAGCCCUAUCGCCAAGGGCGAGCCACUUGUCCGCCAUGGGCCCAUGCUGACCUACUACUGCGGAUUUCGCGAGGUAGCUGAAGCCAUUAGAGAUACUGCGUUUGAGGCUAGUGACCUGCCUAUCAUUAUCAGUCUUGAAAUGCAUGCGGAUCUGGAGCAACAGGAAGUCAUGGUCAAAAUAAUGGAAGAGGUGUGGCAGGAAAUGCUCCUCAUUGCUCCCGAAGACGACUGCGAUCCUCAACAUCAAGUACCGCGGCUCGAGCUGCUGCGCCGAAAGAUUCUCAUCAAAGCCAAGAGGGCACAACAAUCUUCGUCGCAGCCUGUCAUAUCUAUAUCUGCGCCCACAACACAGGCGGAAUUGGGCCACGAGUCCGAGUUGCCACAGCAAGUGGCCAACUUGGGCAAGUCAAUGUCGACUUCUGCGACAUCUUCUCCAUCUUAUGAUUCGAAUUCCAAGGUACUGAUUCACGAGAAGCUCAAAAAUCUUGCCAUCUAUACUCGAGGCGUCAAAUUCGAGGGUCUCGACACGAAGCAAGCAACACAACCCAAUCAUAUUUUCUCUAUCAGUGAGGAUGAUAUUCUAAAUCUUGACCAGAAACAUCAUCGCGCCAUGUUCUUGCAUAACAAAAACUUCUUGAUGCGGAGCUAUCCGGACGGCUUCAAGAGGGUCAACAGCUCGAAUUAUAACCCCGCCUACUUUUGGCGCAAGGGUGUGCAAAUGGUUACAAUGAAUUGGCAAUAUCCAGACGAUGGCAUGAUGCUGAACUAUGGCAUGUUUGCCGACGAAUUGGGCUGGGUUCUCAAACCACCUGGAUAUCGAAGCUCUGACACGUUGAGCCAGACGCAGCAUCAAGCGGCCACUGUACACACCAUGGACUUGGCUUUGACCAUCUUCAAGGCGCAACACAUACCCGUGAAGGGACAUGGCGACGGAGCUGAACGCGACGGCGCUGCGCUACAUACUUUUACCAAGGCUGAGAUUCGUACGGGGAGGUUUAUAGAUUUCAAGAAGGAUAGCACGCUCACGGACGAUACCCAUGCCAAGAAGACUCGUGUCUACAAAUCGGAUCACCCAUCGUUCGGUCGAAACGGUGAAACGCUGAUAUUUCGUGAUAUUCCCAGUGUCGUGGAAGAGCUGAGCUUCUUAUUGAUCAAAAUUGAUGAGGUAGGAGUCACCGGUGUAAUCAACUGGCCAACACGUGCGUGGGCCUGCAUACGUCUGGACCGUCUCCAGCCAGGCUAUCGAUUUAUUCAAUUGAUGGAUAUGAGUGGACAUCCUGUCCCGGAAGGUCGCCUGUUUGUCAAGAUAGUCAAGGCGCUUCGAUGA